AUGACUGCUUUCGACACCAGCGUUGCCUCAGUGCCCAGCCCCGGGCUUCCCAAGACGCAGGAGCUGGACGCGUUCCAUACGCUUGUCCAGGACCUGAGCCGAGUCCUCGGGCCUUCCUCCGGUAUAGACUCAGAAGACGUCGAUCCCGCGGAGCUCCAAGCCCUGAUGGAAAGGUACACUUCCAGUCCAUCCGAGUGGCAGAAGUACGCCUUGGGCGACUACAGCCGAAACUACACUAGAAACCUAGUAGACAAAGGAAAUGGCAAAUCAAAUCUGCUUAUACUAGUCUGGACUCCCGGCAAGGGCUCCCCCAUUCACGACCAUGCGAAUGCCCACUGCGUAAUGAAGGUCCUCAAGGGUACGCUGAAGGAGACCCUGUUCUCGUGGCCCGAUCCAGACCUGGCCAAAGAGGGGAAGCCGGCACCCCCGCAGGUCAAGAAGGAAACGCUCUAUCAUGAAAACGGAGUCACGUACAUGUCCGAUCAGCUGGGGCUCCACAGGAUCUCCAAUCCGGAUCCCGAAAACGUGGCCGUGUCGCUUCACCUCUACACGCCGCCCAAUGCCGAGUACUUUGGCUGCCAGAUAUUCGACGAGAAGACGGGGAAGGCCAGUCACGUCUCGCAAUGCAACUUCUUCUCUGUCGUUGGUCACAAGCUCUGA